AAGAAAACAACAAACCUUUAUUCAAAUUAUUCUUCUAGUUUUUUGUUUCUAACAAUCUCUUCUAUUAAACCAGAAUUUCUUGUGUUGUUCAAAUCAAAGUUCCUCCAUUUCAUGCCUUAACUUAUCUCCGAUCUCCUAAGGAGUAAGAUGCUGAAUAUUACCAUAAAGGAGACUAGCAUUAUUCGCCCUGCUAGAGAAACACCAGGCAAGUGCUUAUGGAACUCUGGCUUGGACCUGAUAAUGAUGCCAAAGCGUCAGUUUUGUUCUUCUACAAACCAAACGGCUCCGUCGAUUUCUUCCAAGCUCAAGUGCUCAAGGAAGCUUUAAGCAAUGUUCUGGUGCCAUUUUACCCCGUGGCCGGAAGGCUGGGAAGGGAUGAGAGCGGAAGAAUUGAAAUAAUCUGCAAUGCCGGGGAGCCUUAUUUAUAGAAGCUGAAGCUGAUGGCGUUCUCAAUGACUUGAGUGAUUUUGCACCAAGCUCCCAACUUCAACAAUUAGUUCCAACAGUUGAUUACUCCGGAGAUAUCUCCUCCUAUCCGCUUCUUCUGAUACAG